CUCCCUUACGGAGGAGUAGUCCAUCGGCAUCAAAAUGGCGACAGCACUCUUUGGAAGCAGCGCGGGCCGCUCUCAGAGCAAAAAUCUGGUGGAAUUUCGCGCUGGAAAAAUGUACAUGAAAGGCAAGAUGGUCCACCCAGACAAAAGGAAGGGUCUAGUAUAUGUCUAUCAAUCUGAAGACUCUCUCAUGCACUUCUGUUGGAAGGACCGUUCCAGUGGUAAUGCGGAAGAGGAUUUAAUCAUUUUUCCUGACGAUGUUGAAUUCAAGCAUGUCUCACAGUGCACUACAGGCCGUGUUUAUGUGCUGAAGUUUAAAUCAUCCCUUCGCAAGUUUUUUUUUUGGAUGCAGGAACCAAAGACAGACAAGGACUCUGAGUAUUGUAAGAAAGUCAAUGACUUUCUGAACAAUCCUCCAACACCUGGUUCCUCUCGUGGGGGUGGCCUGACUUCAGAAAUGUCAGGAUUAGGAUCUAGAGGGAGAGGCCAGGAUUCACAAAUGCUGGACAGACUGCUGACUAACAUCAUUGAUGCUGACAGCGAUCUGCAAAGCAUGCUCGGAGGAAUGAGUCAGCAGCAGUUAAUGCAACUUCUUGGAGGCAUGGGCAUGGGCACCCCUGGAAACAUGUCGUCACUCAUGGGUCGCCCAGCUAGUGCUCAGUCCACGAUGUCGGAGCCACCCCUGCGUGUUUCAUCAGCUUCUGGCAGCCGUUCAUCAGGGGAGACUACUCCAACUCCUCCACGACCUAUGACUGCUGCAGCUCUGAUUAAUCCAGCUGCUGGAAGUUCAGCUGUAAGCUCUGCACCAGCCCCAGGCACAACAGCUGCAGUGCCAAGUGUUCCUGCAACAACCCCUGGUGCCCAAGCAGCAGGUGGCACAGCAUCAGGAGUCACCCGCCAGCAGAUUCAGCUGAGUGACCUUCAGAACAUCCUUUCCUCCAUGAAUGUGCCUGCUGAGGAGCCAAAAGAGAUUGUUGACCUGGCGAAGGCACUGAACCCUGAGGCCAUGCUACCCAUAUUGGCAAACCCAGAAGUGCAGCAGCGUCUGAUACCUUAUUUGCCUGAAGGAGAAUCUCUUCCUAAAACUGAAGAGGAGUUAAGGAACACUGUGUCUUCACCACAGUUCCAACAGGCUUUGACAUCAUUCAGUGCAGCGCUGCAAUCAGGGCAGAUUGGGCCACUGAUAAACCAGUUUGGUCUGGGGGAAGAUGUAGCCACUGCUGCUGCCCAAGGUGACUUGGAGGCCUUUGUAAAAGCCAUGCAGGAAGCAAUGAAGAAGAAAGAUGAGGAGAAGGAUGAAGACAGAAUGGAACAUUAAGUUCUCGAGUAUUUGGCUAAAUGUUAAUUGCUGUGCUUCUUCAUUCAUCUUGAGGUUCAGUUUAUCUGUUCUUGUAUUCAGUGAGUCUAGGUGUCUGGGGGUUUCGUGGUGGAGUGGCUUUUGCUCUUAUUCUUGUAUUUUUUGUUUUGUUUUGUUUUUUUCCUUCCUUUAUGCUUUCCUUUGGACAAGUGAAGAUUUUCAGACUGUCGUCUUUUUUUGGUUAGGGUUAGAAGACUUUGGACUAUGUACAUCAGCUAUAAAUGUAACUUUUUCUUGCUUUGUUGCAUUUUGUCUCCCUUAUAUUACUGGUGUGAUUGGUGCAGCAAUUGCUUGUUGAUGAAAUAAACUUAAUUUGGAAAAUCUGAUAGCGCUAAAUAUGGUAAAGAGCUAGUUUUCUGGGAGCAUGCUACAUUUAUCUAAGUGUUUGUGACAGAAAUGAGAAUAUAAUACUCAAGAUCAGUUUGACUGCAAAUACUUUGAUUACAGCUAUUCUUGUUUUCUCUGACACAGGAUUUGUACACAUUGAAUAGCAGUGCAUCAUGUAUUUGGUCUUUUGCAUUACCAUUUCCAUAUUGCACAUAAUUAUUGCAAUAUUGGUGCAUACCAACUUUGUAAAGAGUUAUAUUUUAAAGGUAGUAUUGUAGUCUUUAAAAAUAUUAAAAACAAUUGUUUGGAGACA